UUGCUCAACAGGAAACAGACGCAAGAAAACAUUUCACAUGUUAAUCUGUCUGUCCGUCUACCUAUCUAUUAUAUUCAUUGGAGCACCAUCUCAACACCAUGUCUCUCCUUUUAGGGUUUGGAUUGCUGACCUGCAUAGCAUCAUCAGAGCCCAGUGCUGAGACCUCUGUGUUUGUGCAGAAGGGACAGGAUGUUCGCCUGAAUGUCCAGACAAAUGUUACACUGAAAGAUGUUGAUGUGCUAUUUUGGAAGUUUAACACAUCAGUCAAUGUUAUAAAGUUCCCCCCAAAAGUUACCUUUGAAAGGUACCGAGGUAGGGCUGAAUUGAUUGUGGAAGACUUCUCUCUGCUACUGAAGAACCUACAGGAAGGAGACAGUGGACUUUAUGAUGCAGUAGUGUCUGGUUUCAAUGACAGAAACGUUGCUUAUUACGUGUUGGUAGUUCAAGAGAGAGUUGAGCCACCAGUUCUGACAGUGAACUCUGUCUCCUCCAUCAAUGCCAUCUGUAAGGUGACUGUGACCUGCAGAGGUCAGAACAUCUCUGUCACCUCCAGCUGUAACAGCAGCACCUGCUCUCAGGUGAGAGGAGAGAGUAGAGGGGCUGAGACCUCCACUGUCCCCCUGCUCUCUGUCUAUGUGGCAGGGGGUUCCAUCAUAUGUAACCACAGCAACAAAGUCAGCUGGGCCAACGACACCAAGGAGCGAGUGGAACUUUGUCCAUUGAAAUGUGUGUCUCCCCCUGCUGGUAGCAUGUCUGUGUGCAUGCUGAAGAUCAUCCUGGUGUCUGUGGGGCUGGUCAUCAUGAUCUCUGCUGUCAUCACUGUCCACAUCAGGCACAGAUUCCACUAUGGAUAGAUUCAUGUGUAUUGUAUUUUUUCUACCUCAGACAAAGUGAUUUAGACUCAUGCUUCAUUACUGAAAAAGUAGAGAUUCAUGAUGAUUAUUAUCAGUAUUUUGUCUCAUCUGGUUUUCUAUUUGAAAUAAUUGUUGGUCAUACUGGUCUUGGCCAGUCAGUUGACUGCUCUUCCCACAUAAAGCCUCCAGUUCCCUCGAUGGAUGAUCGAUCAGUCAACCUACUUUUGUUGACAAAUGUGACACCUUUUGGAAGCAGACAAUGCUCUACAAGGAGGAUGGGAUCCACUCUAAUCACUUCUGUGUCUGGAUCCUGUCUCAACACUACAAGGCAGAGUUGAGGCAUUGACUGAUCAAAUCAAGCUCCUCAAAUUGUAUUUACUCCCAUUAAAUAGUAUUGAUAUCAUUCUGCCACAGCUUCUCAUGUUGAUAGGUGUAUUGUGAACAGUAAUUCUGUGCCUGCUAUUUUAAUUUCCAUUGAUAGCUCUGUUAGCUCCCGUUAGCUCUGUUGUUAGCGCCACCUAUGCUAUUAAUAGUUUUACAGUAUAUCAAGCUAUCGUUUUGCUACAUUUGCUCAUAAGCAUAGUGUUAUUGUUAAUAGUUCUAUUGUACUGAUUUAUCUGAAUUCUUAUAUUAGCUCAGGAACCAGGAAGCCCAUUGUGGCUAGCUCAACCAGUUCUAUUGACUCUUGUGUCACCAUGGAUACUCCUGCUGUUUUCAAAUCUCGCAGAAGGCUUGGACUGUUACAUUUAAAUGUGCCUGAUGUCUAAACUGGAUGUUCUGGGUGCAUGACACUAGUCCAGAUGUUUUGUUUAUCUCAACAUGCAACAAUUUCAUAGAUUUUACUGAGUUACAGUUCUUAAAGUCAAUUGAAAUAAAUAAAUUAGGUCUUAAUCUAUGGAUUUCACAUGACUGGGAAUACAGACAUGCAUCUCUUGGUCACAGAUACCUUAAAAUAAAAGAUAUGGGCGUGGAUCAGAAAACCAGUCAGUAUCUGGUGUGACCACCAUUUGCCUUAUACAGCGCGACACAUCUCCUUCGCAUAGAGUUGAUCAGACUGUUGAUUGUGGUCUGUGAAAAUGUUGUCCCACUCCUCUUCAAUGGCUGUGCAAAGUUGCUGCAUAUUGGUGGGAACUGGAACAUGCUGUUGUACAUGUUGAUCCAGAGCAUCCACACAUGCUCAAAGGGUGAAAUGUCUGAGUAUGCAGGCCGUGGAAGAACUGGGACAUUUUUAGCUUCCAGGAAUUGUGUACAGAUCCUUGCGACAUGGGGCCGUGCAUUAUCAUGCUGAAACAUGAGGUGAUGGCGGCGGAUGGAUGGAUGGCACGGCGAUGGGCCUCAGGACCUUGUCAUGGUAUCUCUGUGCAUUCAAAUCAAUCAAAUGCAAUUGUGUUCGUUGAACGUAGCUUAUGUCUGCCCAUACCAUAACCGCACCGCCACCAUGGGUCACUCUGUUCACAAUAUUGACAGCACUUACCCACAGCGCCAGACACGAGUUCUGCGGUUGUGAGGCCAGUUGGAUGUACAACUACAUUGUAGUUGGCUUACGGUAGAAAUUAACAUUACAUUCUCUGGCAACAGCUCUGGUGGAUGUUCCUGCAGUCAGCAUGCCAAUUGCAAAUUUGGGACAUCUGCUGUGGCAUUGUGUUGUGGGACAAAACUGCACAUUUUAGAGUGGCCUUUUAUUGUCCCCAGCACAAGUUGCACCUGUGUAAUGAUCAUGAUGUUUAAUCAGCAUCUUGAUAUGCCACACCUGUCAGGUGGAUGGAUUAUCUUGGCAAAGGAGAAAUGCUCACUACCAGGGAUGUAAACAAAUUUGUGACCGACUGCCUUGAUUUACUUGACGUCAACAUUGAAGAAGCGACUCCGGGAUAGUGGCCUUCUAGGCAGAGUUGCAAUGAAAAAGCCGUAUCUCAGACUGACCAAUAAAAAUAAAAGAUUAGGAUUGGCAAAAGAACACAGUCACUGGACAGAGGAACUCUGCCUAGAAGGCCAGCAUCCCGGAGUCGACCUCAUCACUGUUGACGUUGAGACUGGUGUUUUGCUGGUACUAUUUAAUGAAGCUGCCAGUUGAAGACUUGUGAGGCAUCUGUUUCUCAAACUAGACACUCCAAUGUACCUGUCCUCUUGCUCAGUUGUGCACCGGGGCCUCCCACUCCACUUUCCAUUCUGGUUAGUGCCAGAUGCGCUGUUCUGUGACGAGAAUAGUACACAGCGUUGUACGAGAUUGUACGAGAUUUCUCAGAACAAGAAUAGACUAACGUGUUUAAGAAGAAAGGUCUUUGUUUCUGGUUAUUUUGUGCCUGUAAUCAAACCCACAUAUACUGAUGCUCCAUAUACUCAACUAGUCUAAAGAAGGACAGUUUUAUUGCUUCUUUAAGCAGGACAACAGUUUUCAUCUGUGCAUAAUUGCAAAGGGGUUUUCUAAUGAUCAAUUAGCUAAUCCAAGUUUAUACUUUUAAAGGCUAACAAAACGUGCCAUUUGAACACAGGAGUGAUGGCUGCUGAUAUUGGGCCUCUGUACACCUAUGUAGAUAUUCCAUAACAAAUAUAUAUAUAUAUUUUACAGUAACAAUAGUCAUUUACAACAUUAACAAUGUCUACACUGUAUUUCUUACCAAUUUGAUGUUAUUUUAAAUGGACAAAAAUGUGCUUUUUUUCAGAAACAAGGACAUUUCUAAGUGAUCCAAAACUUUUGAAUGGUAUACAUUUCUGCACAUUUGAAUGUUGCAACAAUAGGACUAGCGUUUGAGUGAGCGAGACAGAACAUCAUUUUGAAACAAGCCCUGAUCCCAAUGAAUAGACUGCCCCCACAUGGAGAAAAAGAGAACUGCUCAUUUUCAGCCACUCACAAGGCUCAUUUGAAUUUCCUGAUGCAUCAGCAAAAUUAUCUGCGACAAAAGAGUGAUCAAGUUAAGAUCUGACAUCUGUAGGCCCAUCUGACUCGUUCGCUGUUGUCACAGAUGAUGAAACUCCCUGCCACAUAGAGAGCAGGGGGACAGUGGAGGUCUCAGCCCCUCUACUCUCUCCUCCCACCUGAGAGCAGGUGUUGCUGUUACAGCUGGAGGUGACAGAGUUCACUGUCAGGACUGGUGACUCAACUCUCUCUGAAAACAAAUAGAAACCCCUUAUUGUUUGUUUAUUAACCUGAGUAGAUACCAUAAUCAGCUGGUGUACCAAUGAAUCUGAUGUACUAGUGGAAAGUAUUUUACCUACACACUAUGUUUAGCUCUAUUGAUUGAUGUGUAUACAAAAACAUAAUAGAAAACAUCUCAGUUUAGCUUGUAUCAACAAAAACAUAUCUACUUUAUUACCAGGUAAUCAUGCAAAUAUAUUCACCUCAAAUAACAAUAUGUGUGAGCUUAUAUAAAGAUGAAUCAAAGUUGCCCUCGUCAGUUUUCCCACCAGCUUAAGUUACUGAGCACCAACUUUGUCAUAUGUCAUAUUUCAUAAAUGUGUCAAAGGUCGGCUUGUUUGACAUUUGAUGGAAAUAGUUACAGAUGUAUAACUACUAGGAAGUUGAAUAACCGGUUCAGCCUUGUACACUAUCUGCCCAAUAUAGCACAUGGUUAGACACACAUCACCAUGGAAACUGUAAAGCAGCCUACACUCUUAGAAAAAAAUAUGUUUUAAAAGGGGUCUUCGGCUGUCCCCAUAGGAGAACCCUUUUUGGUUCCAUGUAGUAACUUCUGUGGAAAAGGAUGUAACUGGAACCAAAAAGGGUUCUUCAAAGGGGCCAGCCGAAUAACCCUUUUAGGCGUUAGAUAGCACCUUUUUUUCUAAGAGUGUAUGGUGGGACUUUCCUGUCAAAACCACCACAAGGUCACACAGAAUUGAAGAAGUUGUUAUUUUCAGUGACAGUGUCACGCCUUGGUCAUUGUAUUUUGUGUUUUUGGUAUAUGUUUGGGUAGGCCAGGGUGUGACAUGGGUUUAUAUGUUAUGUUUCGUAUUGGGGUUUGUAGUAAUUGGGAUUGCGGCUGAUUAGGGGUGUAAGUCGCUCUGGAUAAGGUGUCUGCUAAAUGACUUAAAUGUAAAUGUUAAAUGGGUGUGUCUAGUUAGGCUUGGCUGCCUGAGGCGAUUCUCAAUCAGAGUCAGGUGCUUGUCGUUGCCUCUGAUUGAGAACCGUAUUUAGACAGCCUGACUUUCGCGUUGUAAUUUGUGGGUGUUUGUUCCUGUCUCUGUGUUGUAGUCACCUGUAAUUAGUUUCACGUUCCGUUUGUUGUUUUCUUAUAUCAGUUAUUUCAUGUACCGCGAUAUAUUUCAUUAAAGUCAUGAGUAACCUA